CCUGAAGCCAGUGUGCCACCACACCCGUCAUCUUCCCGUCCCCAAACCUGGCUCACUCCAACGAAUGUUCACAGAGCGGCAGACAGUGCAAAAUACCCAGCCCUGCCCAGGAGGGCGUGAAGAUUCCAACCCAGCCCACCCAGGCAAAGCCAGGUUCUUGAGCGCUCUCACUCAUCAUCUAAAACCCGUCAGUUCGAUGGGCUUAACUCUAGCUUACACUGCACCUAGAAGACAUCAGGACACACCACCGCCCGAAAAGAAAAGUCCCGCCCGGGCCAGGAGGUGUGCCACACCGGCCGGCCGGCGCGUUUUCUUCUUCCUCCCACAGCGAUGAUUGUCCCCCCCGUACACGGCUUGCCCCACGCUAAGAACCCCCUAACCCCCCGGUCGUCGCCGUUGUUUCGUCUCGGCAGCGCGGUUUUUCUAGGUUU